AUGAAUGUUUUCUUCGAUGAAGAAACACUAGAAAAAGGGGAGCAACUUUCACAAGCACUUUCUCGAGCAAUUGCAGCCUCAAAUCUCUCAAUAAUUGUGUUGUCGGUAGACUAUGCUUCUUCAAAAUCAUGCCUGGCCGAACUCUCCGACAUCAUGCGCCGCAAGGACACUCAAGGACAUAUUGUUCUUCCCAUAUUUUACCAUGUUGAUCCUUCGAUGUGCGGAAUCUUGGUGACACAAACCGAGUACAUCAAGGAUAUUGUUGGAUAUGUUAUAAAGAAGUUGAUGAGUGGCAAAUUUAAAAGUGCUUCUGCAGAGUUACUUGGAAUAGAUGAUCAGAAACAGACGAUUUUGAGGCUAAUUGAGCAGGAAGAGAGUCAUCUAAUAGGACUUUGGGGACAAGGUGGUAUAGGCAAAACUACCCUCUCUGAUGUUAUAUAUAAUGAAAUCUCUCAUAACUUCGAAAAUACUUGCUUUCUUCUAAAUGUUAGAGAGAAAUUAAAAAAACAGGGGAUGGAAUCUUUGCGAAACCAACUUCUUUCCGAACUCUUAAACCAAGCAAUUCAUGUAGACACCCCCUCAAUUGGGUCAACUUUAAUCCAAGAGAGGCUAAACAAUAAAAGAGUACUUGUUGUCCUUGACGAUGUUAAUGAUUCAGACCAAAUAGAUUGUUUUGGUGUUAAACAUUUUGGUGAUGGAAGUAAAAUCAUUGUAACAUCUAGAGAUAGGCAAGUACUUAAGAAUGGAGGUGUUGACAAAAUACAUGAGGUAAAGAAGUUAAAUGACAAUGACUCCCUUCAACUAUUUUCUACAUUUGCAUUUAAACAAUUGAAUCCCGCUGCUGAUUUUCGAGAUCUAUCGAAUAAGUUUGUAGGGUAUGCCCAAGGAAGUCCGCUUGCUCUUAGAGUUUUGGGUUCUAAACUAUAUAAAAAGUCUAGAAAAGAGUGGGAAAGUGAGGUGGACAGACUAAAAGAAUAUGACCAACCAAAAAUUUCACAGAUUUUGAGGAGUAGUUUUGAUGAAUUGGAUGAAGUAGAGAAGAAUAUAUUCCUUGAUAUUGCAAUCUUCUUUAAAGGAACACCCAAAAAAGAUGUAGAAGAAAUUCUAAGUUGUUGUUAUAAGGGUGCUGUCUGUGGAAUAAGCAACUUGAUUGACAAGUGCCUACUUGAUAACACAUCUUACAAUGGAUGGAUUUGUAUGCAUGAUAUGCUUGAAGAGAUGGGCAAAGAUAUUGUUCGCAAGGAAUCUAUAGACCCUGGAAAGUGUAGUAGGUUAUGGAGUGCUAAAGAUGUAUAUCAAGUGCUCAAAUAUAAUAAAGGGAUUAAUCUAAUUCAAGGAAUAAAGUUAGACAUGUCUCAAAUUGAUAACUUACAGCUACAUCAUUCUAUUUUUGAGGGAAUGAUUAAUCUUAGAAUUAUCUUCUUUUACACUCCUGGAAUUUUUUGGGGCAAGUGUCCAGCAGUGAAGCUUCUCAAAGACCAAGUUGAUAGUGUAUCUCUUCCUGAUGAGCUAAGAUAUCUUUGUUGGGAUUAUUAUCCCUUCAAAUAUCUAUCAGGUUUUAAUCCAAAGAAUCUUGUUGUGCUGAAAUUAGCACAUGGCCAUAUAGAACGUCUUUGGAAUGAUGAUGAUCAUCAGGUAUAUUCUUUCGUACUUUCUUCAUCGAAGAGUCUUGUUAAUUUAAGGGAAAUUGACUUUGCUGGUUGCAAGAAAUUAAGGAAGAUUCCUAGUCUAUUAGGAGCAAUCAACCUUGAAAUCCUUGAGUGUAGGUGGUGUGAAAGUUUGGUUGAACUUCCUUGCAUCAAUAAUUUGGCAUCACUUAAGAAACUUGGACUUACAGGAUGUAAUAAUCUCAAGACGUUUCCCGAGGUCCCAAAACACUUUUCUAUUUUAGAAUUAGAUAGAACUAAAAUAGAAGAAGUGCCUGCUUCAAUUGAGCAUCUGGUCGGACUCAGAAAGUUGUGCUUGAAAAACUCAAACGUCAAUAUUGUAUCAAGCAAUAUUUCAAAGUUGGAAUCACUUCGUGAUAUGGAUCUUAGUCAUUGUCCAAUGGUCGAAUUCCCAGAAAUUCCCAGAAGCUUGACAGAUUUAAACUUAUCUGAAACUCAAAUUGAAGAGGUGUGCUUGUCUCUUGCCACUCCAAGUAAUCUUCAGAGCUUAAAUAUGAGUGGCUCAAGGGACAAAAUUGUAUCGAUCAAGAUGGAAUCCCUUCGUGAUCUGAAUCUUAGUCAUUGCCCAAUAGUCAAAUUUCCCGAAAUCCCAAGAAGCUUAGCAAAAUUAAACUUAUCCGGAACUCAAAUUGAAGAGGUGUACUUGUCUCUCGACUCUUUAUUUAAUCUUCAGACCUUGAAUCAAGAUUCAAUUGACAACAUUGAGGCAAAUGCCAUACUCAAAAUUGGAUACCUAGCAGAGAAACUUAGAUUGACAUGGGAAGAUGCUUUUGGUCCAAUCAUAUUAUUUUGUUGUUUCCCAGGAAACAAAAUUUCGGCAAAUAAGUUCGAGUAUCAGAGCAUGAGUUCAUUAUUUUUGAAGAUAGCCCCAAACGAGUCCAGUGGGAGCAGAUUCUUGGUCUUUUCCAUCUGCCUUGUGGUUGAUCUCAUGCGCUGCCACCACCAUGAAUCUCUUAAAUUUAUCUGUAAAUACCAAUUGACAACCGCCAGUGGUGGUGGUAAUGAAAAGUUCACAAGUGAGUGGAGUUCCGUUAUAGAGGAUGAGGCGGAGUGGAAGUACAUGGGUGAUCAUGUGCUGAUUCUGUUUAGAGAGGAUAUGGUUAAAAAAGACAAGGAUUAUGAGGAGGCUUCAUUUGAAUUCUACAUUGAAAAUCCCAAAUACAAUGUAGAAGGAGAAGAAAUUGAAGAAGAAUAUAUAAAGGUGGAGAAAUGUGGUGUACAUGUAUCUUAUAUGGAUGAAGAACCCAGCACCACCCCACAACAUAAAAGUCCUAGGCACACAUCAAUUAAUCAAGAGCCACAACAUGAGCGCAGGCUACGGAAGUGUGGGGAGCGUUGGGGAAGUCACCUUCGUAUCGACUCUUCCAGAUUCGACGAGUACCGAGAGGAUCGAUAA